AAUAAUGUCAUCCCAUUCAGAUUCAAGGUAACUUACCGACACUAAGGACUUCUCGUAAGCACCUCUUCACUCGACGUCUCGAUAAAGGCACAUUCACCUCAUAUACGGCCAAGGCGAUAAAUCUAACCUCACUUUCACGCUGUAUACCAAAACAAGAAUCGAUUUUGUUGACACAGUCUUGAUAAGGCUGUGGCGAAUCUUCGUCAUUUCUACAUUUGCCUGGAUUCAAACUCAACGCAGCCUUCGUUUCAAAACAGUAUGUUCGCAGAAAAAAGAUUACAGAAGGAGCUAACUAAACUUCACGAGCAUGUGGCACCGGGGAUAACUCUAGUUUCCGCAGAUAAUUUGCAAGAGUGGCUCAUGGACAUCCAAGUGUUGGAUGACAAUCCGAUAUACAAAGGACAGACCUACAGGUUGAAGUUCACGUUUAGCAAUAGCUAUCCUAUAGAGGCACCAGAAGUUGUUUUUGUCAAAGAUGCUACCCACUCGAUACCUAUGCACCCCCAUGUCUACUCAAACGGCAUCAUCUGUCUUGACCUGCUUGACCGCCAAGCAUGGAGCCCAGUCCAUAAUGUAGAAAGCGUGUGCAUAAGUCUACAGAGCAUGCUCACGAGUAAUACUAAGAAUGAGAGGCCUCCAGGCGACGAGGAAUUCGUGCGGCACAACACCAGACGGCCACGCGACAUAAAUUUUUACUUCCAUGACAGCACGGUCUGACUACUAGUCUGGAUGACCAGAGCACGUUGGCGGUAAUUCACCAUACGUGACAUGUGUCAAUCGCAUGGUCGCGAUUUCGCAUUGAAAAGCGUAGGAUGCCACGAAGAUCAAAGCGUGCAUGCUUGUACUGUUUGAAUUCUGGAUUCUGUGCAUAUCGAUUUAAAUACCCUUUAAGUAGCUGGCAAUAAAGUUUUUGGUCAUAUGUAUAGUCUUUCACAAUCGAUAUAUACUUCGAACAUUUGACACUAGCUUCUCAACUCAUAAAGCCGGGAACAUAGUAGAAGAAAAUGAUAGUGCCAGAAUGUAUGGAAAUUUGCU